AUGGAUUUCCAAGACCAGAUUGGUGAUUGUGUUUGUCUGCAGAUCAAUGAUUACUGGUUCAUCUCUUCCUCACAGUGUCUCUGUGCUCCUGGAUGGAUAGGGGAGUUCUGUCAGUAUGGAGGGAACGCCUGCCUGAUCUACCCAGACAGCUGUAUGAAUGGGGCCACCUGCAUCACCUCAAGUCAACCCACGGCUCCCCCACAGUACAGAUGUAUCUGUAGCCCUGGUUACACAGGACCCCACUGUGAGACAGAAAUUAACCAGUGUUUCUCCAACCCCUGUCUGCACAAUGGGACAUGCUUGGACUCUGUUGGCUUCUACAAAUGCAGCUGUCCCCCAGGGUUUCUGGGCCAGAAGUGUGAGGUGGAUGUAGAUGCCUGUACCCUACCCAACACCACAUGCCCUAGAAACACACAUUGUCUGGAUCUGCCUGAUGGACUGAAGUACACAUGUCGCCUGCUGUGCCCACAGAACAUACAACUAUGUGCCAACGGAGGACGUUGUGUCUUGAACAACGCUAGCAGUUCCACCUGUGUCUGUGCACCUGGAUGGGCAGGACGUAACUGCCGCUUAAACAUCAACGAUUGUGUUCAGCACUGGUGUCAAAACGGGGCCACUUGUGUAGAUGAGAUUGAUGGCUACAGGUGAGUGCCUAAAUGAAUACCUCAACCAAAUUACAAAUGAACACAUUUUGUUCCCUUACCUUGAAAAACAUAACAUGAUAACCGAAAAGAGAACAUGGCAUAGAGGCAUCCCCUUGAAAAUAUCCCAUAUGUACAGA